AUGGCCAGCUGGUUCGGGCACGGCUCCUGGUUCUUCCAUCGCGUCGACCUGCAUCGUGGCCUGAGGGAUCUUGCCACGCGUCCCGCCGCCUUCGAGGACAUUGAUAUUGGCCCACCAGUCGACAUGCGCUUGGGAUGUGAGGUGACGGGCGUGAACUGCGAAGAAGGCAUCUUGAAGUUGGCUGAUGGUCGCGCCAUCGCAAAGGAUCUCGUCAUCAUUGCUGAUGGAGCUCAUAGCCGCUUGAUAUCCGACUUCACGGGGCGACCCUCCGAAACGCACCGCACCGGCCGCUCCAUCUACCGCUGGCUUGUUUCAGCGGAUGAGGUCAUGGCAGAACCGGCCCUGCGGGGGCUGUACACUAGGGAGCUACCCGGCUUUACGGGGUGGCAUGAUCCGAACAAGAAGGUCUUUUGGGUCACCUACACCUGCCGAGGAGGCAAGAUGCUGAACAGCGCCGUUUUGCACGACACGCAGGUGGAUGAAGACGAAGGAGACGCUGAGAACCUAUGGCAUUCGCCCGUCUCCAAGUCACAGGUACUCACCAUGGUCCAAAACUUCCACCCGUCCAUGAAGAAGAUCGUUACCAUGGCCAGCGAGGACGGCAUCAAGGUUCACCAUCUGUACAAGAGGCCGCCCCUGACCAGCUUCGUCCGCGGCCGUACCGCCGUGGUCGGCGACGCAGCCCACGUCAUGCUGCCUACCCACGCCGCCGGUGCCGGUGUCGCCAUUGAGUCUGCUGCGUCGUUGGAAGUCCUGUUUCGAGGGGUGGAUGGCAAGGACGGCCCAGCCAUGAAACAGCGCAUGGAAUUGUUCGACAGGUUGCGCAUCCCGCGGUGUAACCUCACCAUGUUGGCGUCCAAUGCCGGCCCGGAAUGGACAAAGGUACCCGGCUUCGAAGAGGGAGUACGAAAAUUCUACUCUGGUCCACUUCCGCCUCUCGGCGCCAUGCCAUACAGCAAGCCCUUCAGAGAGGUCCUGUUCCGCCACGACGAGUUCCAAGCAGCGGAACAGGCCUUGGCCGAGUCCAUGUCUUCGGAGCUGUGA